GGGGAGGAAGCAGGGAAACCAAAAUCACUUCCUGACUGUGGCUCUGUGUGCCCAAGCUGAUGAAGAGCGGGCUGCUCCAUCUCCUGGGGUGGCGGGCCCCACCUGGCUUCAGAGCCCAGGACUUGGACCUCCCUGAGGGCAUCUUCUCCACAGCCAGCUCCAGGAGAGCAGGACUCUGCGAUCUUGUUCACCACUGUCUCCCCAAGUGCCCAGAAGGCCUGAUGUAUACAAGUCUGCCCUGAGGUUCAUAAGUCUUGGCAACACAGAGACCACUUGAUCCUUGACCCGGCCCACUCUGGGUGCCCCUCCAGCUACAACAUUUGGAGGAGGCAUUCCCUCACUGAGCCCCAAGUAACCCCACAGGCUCUGAACAAGUGACUGUGGAGCCGGGGGAUGGACCCACACUCUGGCUUGCUUUCCCCUCUGUCCCGGGCCUGCUCCCAUCUGGCAGAAAUCUGUAUGGAAGGGGAGAGAAGCCCAUCCCCGCAAGAGCAGGGCAGCGACUCCCCCUUUCCCUGGAGCCUGGUCCCCGACUCCAGCCUCGCUGACCCUGACUGGUUUUGGGAUGAGCACAUCCAAGCAAAGAGGGCCAGAGUGGAGACCAUCGUCCGAGGCAUGUGCCUCUCCCCUGACCCUCUGGUGCCGGGCAAUGUUCGAGCCAGGGACAGCUUGUGCUGCCCAGGGAGGGCCCAGGAGCGGAAGAGGAAGCAGAGCCUUCCCGUGCAGCAAGGCCCUCUGAAGUCUGGCCCAGCCAGGGGCCACGGUAGCAGGAAGGGGGGCCCUCGGGUGAGAGAACAGCUUCAUCUGCUGAAGCAACAGCUGAGACAUCUGCAGGAGCACAUCCUACAGGCUGCCGAGCUCCGGGACACCGCUCAGGGCCCAGGAGGCUCUGAGAAGGGGAGGGGCCCUCUGAGUGUAAAGCAGAAAAAUGGCUGCGGGUCUAGGCCCUGGGCUAUGGACAGUGACCACCACCAGGUUUCCAGUGGGGACCUCUCCGGGGUGGAAAAACACAGAGUGUCUGAGGUCGAAUACCAGUCUGAGGAACCCAGGUUCCUUCGUUCGGCAGCACGGGCUUUGCUGGAGAGUCUGAGGAAAGAAUUGACGGGGGCAGUGUCUCAGGCUGUGGACUCAGUAUUACAAAAGGUGCUAUUGGAUCCAUCAGGCCACCUAACUCAGCUGGGCAGAAGCUUCCAGGGGCUGGUGCCAGAGAGUAAAAGUGAGCCCUCACCUCCUGACGGAGGUGCCUGUAAAGAUCCACUUCCUCUGGCUGCCUUGCCCAGGAGGGCUCAGCCACAGGCUGGGGUCCCAUUGGGAAACUUAUCACUGGUCAAGCCUCUAGAUUCUCCUAGGUACCCUGUCUCUCCAAGAAUGAUCCCCAAACCCUAUCAGGGUCCUCCAGCAAACUGUCCCUUGACUGUGCCUUCCCACAUCCAGGAAAAUCAGAUUCUUAGCCAGCUUCUGGGUCAUGGACCCAACGGUCACUGGAGCAGCUGUCUUCCCCAGGACUCAUCUUCCCAAAGUCACCCCUCCUCAGAGUCUGCCCUGCAACCUUGGGGCGCUGUGAAACUGCGACCGUCGGUUUUGAGCCGGCAGCAGUACCCGCUGCCCUUCACUUCCACCCGUGUGGAAAGACUGCCCCUUCUUCCCUCGGUGAAGAUGGAGCAGGGUGGCCUGCAGGCUGUCACGGAUGCACUUCCUUUUCCUUCUGUCCACAUCCAGGAGGGGCUCAACCCUGGUCACUUGAAGAAGGCCAAGCUAAUGUUUUUCUUCACACGCUACCCCAGCUCCAACCUCCUGAAGGCUUAUUUCCCUGACGUGCAGUUCAACCGCUGCAUCAUCUCCCAGAUGAUCAAGUGGUUCAGCAACUUUCGUGAGUUUUAUUACAUCCAAAUGGAGAAAUUUGCCCGGCAAGCGAUUUCAGAUGGUGUCACAAAUCCCAAGAUGCUGAUGGUUCUCCGCGACUCAGAACUUUUUCGAGCUCUCAAUACGCACUAUAACAAGGGAAAUGACUUUGAGGUCCCAGAUUGCUUCUUGGAAAUCGCCAGCUUGACGUUACAGGAGUUCUUCAGGGCUGUCUCCACAGGGAAAGACUCAGAUCCUUCCUGGAAGAAACCCAUUUAUAAAAUUAUUUCGAAACUGGACAGUGACAUCCCAGAGAUAUUCAAAUCUUCCAGCUAUCCCCAGGAGCUGUUUCGGAAUUAAGAUCCUACAAAGUGAGGAGCAACUGGCCAGGGUUUCCUGCGUUUGUCUUAAAUGGCAGUUAGUAUAGCUGUAGUCAUAUAAAAAGGGCAUAAGGAGAAAUCCCCCAAAUAGGUACUAUUACCACUUCUGAUCAUUUAUUUCCUUUUCCAGAAUCAUCUAGAUGUUAAACCUUAACUAUAAAAUAUAUCAACCAAGUGUAAUGGUAUUGGUAGCACAUUGUAAAAGGAACACAACAGUUUGGAAAAUUAAAUCUCCACUCCACUGAUUUCAGGUGUCGUGACUCUGUGAACUUGCAGGGUCUCUGCAUCUGUAAAAUGAGGUUGUAAGGAUUAAAAGGUAAUACGUCCUAAAGUACUCUUGUGAAAUGUUACUACACAAAUGUUAGUUUCUCCCUCCCUUGACUUUCAGGUAAGAUUAUCUUAUUUGGGUUUUUUACAAAUUGCUGGUUUUAGUUACCUAUUUAUCAAGCUUCACCUAUUUGCUAGACACUUUCAAAUACAUUAUGUUCAAGCUUUUUAUCCUGAAAAGUAGAUAUUAUCUUCAUUUAAAAAAUAACCAAACAGAGUUUUAGAACUGUGAGGUAAGUCGCCAAAGUAUAAGGCUAGGGCAUUUGGGUUGGUAGGGAUGGGCAGGAGUGUGGAGGAACCCAAGGUUUUCCGGUGCCAGGCUGUAUGCUGAACCACCUCAUGCUGCCUCUCCACGAGCCCCAGUAAGCAUCCAGCACCGAUGGGGCACUGUCAUCUGAUAACCUCUGCCUAGCACUCAGAAGUGCUUCAUCACCCAGGAUUUCCAGUGGUCAUUCCAGCAAGCUCAACAUAAACUUUCUGCAGGACUUGAGUGUUGCUGUUCAUUCAGAUUCAUCUGCUGGAAGACUUUAUCAGCUGGAGAACCCAAAUAAUCUCUAGCCGACCACUGCAACUGAUACACCCACCUCCUAUGUGCAGAAGAAACUGAACUUCAGACUGUGAAAGCCAGAAAGGGCCUUUGGAGAUCAUCCGGCCCACCCUGCUUAAAUCUGGAAGGAGGAAACUGAGACCCAGACAAGAGGCUUGCACAGCCUGUGCACAGCCUCACAAGGAAAUCACAGUCCAUGGUCAAUCUUUCACAGAUAAAGAAAUUCAGGAAAUCAACAUUUUUUUUUUCCUACCAGCUCAACACCAAUUGUGACUCACUCUGAGCGUACAGGCAAGACGUCUGCAAAGCUGAGUACCUGCAUCUGUCUUCUGAGCUAGUCAGAGUCAAGUCUUUGUCAGCCAGAGGUGUGCAGGCUGGGGUGGGGGUCACACAGGACUCUGGAUCUGUCGUUCUGAUAAGGAGUGUCUGGGACUCCAUUAGCUUACUUCUUUCCCACCUACAUAAAACAAGUUUCCAUAUUUGACUACCCCACUUUCUUGACUUUUCGAGUGGGCUGGAUCAGAUGAGAUAAAACCCCUAAACUAUUACAAGAUGUAUCAACAUAAAAAGAUAUGAAAUAUGACUUUUUAAAAAAUUUUUUCUCUUCAAACAGCUGAGAGGAAAAACAAAACAAACACACUCAGCCCAAACCAAUCUUUUCAGUUGUUUUAAGGUUAUUUUUAAGUGUCCUUCAAUACACCCAGUUGCACUCAGAUUAUCUUUGCCCUAUUUUCUCCCACAAUGUUCCCUUUACAAAAAUAAAGGAAUCUGCCAAAUCUCAGUUUUAAGAGUAGGCCAGCAUUGAGUACCUGGAGCAAUGGCAAUCAGUUAUCUGUCUUUGGAGACGCAGAAGAACCCACUAUCCAGAAUGAUAUUACAGAGCUUUUUAGGACACUCAUGGGAAACUAUUCCAAGUUCACAUGACUGUCCGAUAUGGAGCAGCCGUUUUCUGUCCCGAACCUGAAAUUCAUUAGUGUGUGUUUUAAAGACUGAGCCAAGCCACCUCCAGGGCAGUGAACCUUGUCCAAGGGACCAAUGACAUGAAAUGCACAAGCUCAAAUAGAAAGCAUUUGUGUCCUGCAGUCUUUCCAGAAAUGUUCUCUAACCACUGAGCUAAACACAGAGGAAUGUAUAAAUACAUACACUCUGCCAGCAGAAGAAUCCUAUUUUAUUCUAUUUUUCUGUUUCUACCAAGUAUAUCUCUUUCUCUGUUGGGAACAUAUUCUGAGAGUAAGCUGAGAAGGUGAUUAUGUUCUUUCAGCAGUCAUAACAUUGCCAAAGGUCUGGUCCUUCUCUCCCUUAAGGUAUGUGUGGGGGCUAUUCUUUCCGAAAUUAGACAUGUUCAGAGUCUGGUCAAAUACUGCAUAAUUGUCUAAUCCUUCAAUGGUGGACAAGAAGGCCUGGACUGUGGUUUAUGACGAUGGCAGUUUUGAGGAGUUAAUGCCAAUUAUCAAUUAAAAGCAGGCAGUUAAUUGGCAUUCCAUGCAGGAAAAGGUUCAUUAGAAACCUUUAUUUCAAACAUGGUUUCAUAUAGUAUACACAGCUCCAAACCAGAUUCAUGCAGUGGAGAGGCCAAAGGCUUCUCCUGGACAUAUAAGGGGUGCCUGAUCCAUUUCCUUUCCAUCAGAGAAGGGGCAAAGCACACGUGGCAGAGAUAACAUUCUUUAAUAAAGUUCUGCGUCCCAGACCCAUCACUAUAUGGAGGUCCACAGGUCCACUUCUAAAAAGUUGUCUUUGUUUUCAAUGACAAAAUAUAGAAUUCUCAGAAAAAGUAGUAAUUUAAGAUAAGACUUCCACAACACAAUUUUUCACAUGCCUUUAGAAAAUAUCUUUUUAGGGCCGGCCCCGUGGCUUAGCGGUUGAGUGCACGCGCUCCGCUGCUGGCGGCCCGGGUUUGGAUCCCGGGCGCGCACCGAUGCAUCGCUUCUCCGGCCAUGCUGAGGCCACGUCCCACAUACAGCAACUAGAAGGAUGUACAACUAUGACAUACAACUAUCUACUGGGGCUUUGGGGGGAAAGUAAAUAAAUUUUAAAAAAUUAUUAAAAAAA